AUGAAGAGAAGCAAUGCAUUGUCGACAGACACUGGGAAAAAAUCACAUAAGAAAGCCAAAGAGGGUACCAAUGACAAAGAGAAUACAGUUGUGGGGAACAAAACACAAAACUCAUCUAUCAUAGAUGUUUCACCUUCACCAAGUAUCGAAAACCAUUUUAGGGUGCCCUUCCAGAAUGUUACGAAUCAAAGAUCAAGAGUUGCAAGAAAGGAAAUCCUGGAUAACAGAAGAACAAUUGGCAUUACUACCUCAAAUAGAGGCCCCCAUUCUGAGACGCAAAGAUCACCUAGCACUGUAAUUUUGACUGGUUCUGGAAACGGCCCGCACCCUGCGAUUAAUAGCAUAGGUAAAAUUGGUAACCUAGAAGGAUCUGAACGGAGUACCAACAUUUCAGCGAGGAAACGAAAGACUCUUGGAUCACCUCCAUCGAUGAAUUCAAAGAGAAUACAAACGAAAGGUAACAACAGUUAUUACUAA